AUGGGUUCAUCAAUCUUGGGUAACGAUAACAAGGAUACACAUACACCUUCUGCAUAUAAUGUUGAUACUUCAAUUCCUGAGGAACUUUCUCAACUCGGAUCUCAACCCAGUCCUAUUAAAUUCCUGGGUCCGCCAUUGAUCUUAUUAUUGCUUAUCCUUGUUCCAGCCUUUGGGUGGUUUGCCCUCAUCUUGUGGACCGCUUGUCUUGUGACAGUUGUGACCAAAUCCUACCAAUCUUUGAAAACAUUAUUGUAUACAACUGUUGCAGAUGCAGCAGUGGUUCGUCGUGCCUAUGGCAAGUUGAAGGAGCUCAUGAAUAGCCGCUUGCCAGAAGAAGCCGCAGACCAGAAGCAUGGGUUACCCUGA